AUGGUGCCGUGCCAACCGAGCUGCAGGAUGGCUGCAGGCCUGCAGGCGAUUCAGAAUAAAUACUCUCUCAAUUGAAAGAGAAUAUAAUCCAUUAUCCAAGAUGAAUCCAAGGAACAUACUAUACUACUCUCAUAGGAAGUAGGAACUCUACCUUGUAGGCUUUUGUUUCUGGUCGGUGCUUGUAGCACUUUGAAACUUGCUACAAAGAAAACAAAAUGAACGCUGAAGAAGAAAUUAACAAUGCUGGAUUAGAUGACAUCAACUGCAAAACAAAUACAUACAAUAGAGUAAAUAUAUUGAAAUCAAAUGAUGUUAUGAAAAGUGUAACAAGUCUAAAAGAGCCACUGUUGAUAAUACAACGACUGACAGACUCAUGUCACACUCCCAAUAUUACUACUUCUAAAUAUUUCAACUGUGAGGGAACAAGUGAAAAUGUUGUCGCUACAAUAGGAAACACUGCACCAGCCACCGAUGAUCAGACAUCAGACACUUUGCUAAGUGAAACUCCAACGGUAUGUUCAAAUAAUGAUAGCAUGAUAAAUCCGUUACCAGAAAAAAGGUCACUCGUGGGGAAUAUGUUAACUUGUGAAAGUCUCUCAGUAAAACAAAGGACUCACUCUAAAGUGACACUAUUCACUUGCAAGUUUUGCCAAUACAAAGCUAAACAAAAGUACCGUCUAACGGAACAUAUGAGAACUCAUACAGGUGACAAACCUUAUCAUUGCAAGCUGUGCACGCACACGUGUGCACGAAGAAGUUCUUUGAGGAAGCACAUGAAAACUCACACAGAUGAAAAACCUUUUUCUUGUUCACUUUGCGACUAUAGAUGUAAAGUAAAAAGUCAGUUGGUGAACCACAUGAUUAUUCAUCCAGGUAUGGUCUCGGCAAGUACUAAGUUCUCGUGUAAGUUGUGCAAAUACAGAUGUGGACUUCCCAGUAGUUUAGUUAUACACAUGAGAUCUCACAGUGGUGAGAAGCCAUAUCAAUGUGAGUUAUGCACGUGUAGAUAUGCACGAAAAGGACAUUUAAAGAGGCACAUGAGCAGCCACACGGGUGACCGGCCAUAUGCUUGUGAGCUGUGCCAUUACAAAGCUGUACGUAACAGUCAUCUAGUGAGGCACUUGAGAACUCACACGGGAGAAAAGCCUUUUUCUUGCGAGUUUUGCAAAUACAAGUGUGCACAAAGCAGUACUCUGGUGUCGCACAUGAGAACUCACUCGGGUAUAAAGCCUCAUGCUUGUAAGUUGUGCAGUUAUAAAUGUGUAUACAACAGGCAACUCGUCGCGCAUAUGAGAACCCACACAGGUGAAAAGCCUUAUGCUUGCGAGUUAUGUGAGUACAAAAGUGCAAGAAAUAGAGGCCUAGUAAAUCACAUGAGAAUUCACACUGGGGGACAGAGUCACAGGGGGGGACAGAGAUUUUGUUGUGAUUAUUGCAAGUAUAAAUGUACAUGGAAAAGUGACCUAGUAAAACACAUAAGCACUCAUACUAGGAAAGAGCCGCUUUGUUGCAAUUAUUGCGAGUAUAAAUCUAUGAGGAAGCGUGACCUAAUGGAACACAGCAUGAAAACUCACACUGAAGUAAAGCUGUUUUGUUGCGAUUCUUGCGAGUAUAUAUCUAGUAACAGAAGGAGCCUAGUGAGACACAUGAGAACUCGCACACAUAAAAAUGCUGUUGCUCGUUUGUGAUACAUAUUUUACUUGACACGUCAGUCACUUUUUUUUUGUAACAGCUUUUUAAAUCAUACUUUUAUUGUGAGAGUUGAUAAUAAGUUAUAUUGAGGUAAAAGUGUGGACUUUUACCUAACAAUCAAUGAAAUCUAUUAAAAUCAUUUUAUUAGUGUGUAUUAGUUGGAAGUGAAUGUAAUUAGGAAUAUUUAUCAAUAAAAUCAAUAUUAACUAUGAAUUUCAAUAAAAGAUUAAACAGA